AUGUUCCCCUUACAGAUUAUGACCGGGAAUUACAAUCACAAAAAUGAAAAUCUUAUUGCCUUCCUGGAGGAGGGUAUAAUCAUGAACAUUCUUCUGAGAUUACCAACUGCUGUGUGUAUUGCUCGUUUUCGUUGCGUUUGUAGAUCAUGGCGGAUUCUCCUUUCAGAUCCCCAAUUCAUCUACAAAAUCAUAUUUUUCCAAAAUCUAAGUGAUCUAAAAACUCUUCGGAUCCUAUUCACGGGGGCUGAAGAAGCCUUUGUUGAUUCACAUGUCAUCUAUUACUCCUUGCACUCCUACGACACCCUUCGCCCCAUUUCUGCAGGCCCUAAUAAUAUUAUUGUUAGGGAAAUGCCCUCCUUCCCCUACAAGCCUCGCCAUUCUUCUACAAUGUUCAGCCCAAUGAUCAUUGGGUGUUGCGAUGGCAUAUUUUGUAUUAACGAAUGGGUUGACAACAAUAUGACAGAUAUCAUUCUCUGGAAUCCAGAAACUUCUGAGAUCAAGUGCCUGCCGGUUUGUCUUUCCCUUUGUCCUUUCCCUAAUGGUCUUGAAAUUGCGGAAGAGAUAAUCGGCUUUGGUUUCGAUCCUCAAACAACCGACUACAAAGUUGUUCGGAGUGUGAGGUAUACAGCCUCAAGAACGAUUCGUGGAAGAGAGUACCUGAUGCAUCUGAGGACAUUAUUUAUGAAAUAUAUUCCUCAACGGGAUGCACCUCGAAAUGAGAGAUGUUACUGGUUUCUGAGAAAUAAACCAAAUUGUAGAAUCGUUUCUUUCGACAUGAGUAAGGAAGUCUUUGAAGUUGAAAAACCUGAAUCCAGCCUGCCUUACCCAGUUUCACGUGAUUCUUGGUUCGCUACCGAAUCAUGUUAUAUGUUGAAGGAGUCAUUCGUGGCGACUCUAGCAUAUAAGGGUCGUUAUGAUGUGCCGAUGGAGGUAUGGGCGUUGUUGAAGUAUGGCAGUGUUGAAUCAUGGACUAAAUUAUUCACCUUCCAGCCACCUUUCGAGAUCAAUUAUUACUUGGAAGUAUGGAAAGAGGGAACACAUAUUUGCUCCCCACAAGUUAACAGAAUGGUUAGUGAAGAUGAUUAUGUGAUAGAUUAUGAUGGAGUGUAUAUUUUCAAUCCUGCAACACAAGAAAUUGGCGACCGUCUAGACAUGCAAGGGAGAACUUGGCCAUGUGAAGCUCACACAUACACUCCAACUCUGGUUACAUUGUCGGAUCGAGAGUAGGGGUUUUACUGUCGUAAUUUGUGAUUUUCUUAAGCAAUAAAUGUGUUAUGUUUCCUUUUUGUUGACAAAAAAAUGUUUUAAUGCGAU